GCACUCAGCGUUUUGAUGCCAAAGGUAAAGGUCAAGAAAAAUGCGAAGUCCGGCAAGAAGGGCAAGGACAAGAAGCCUCAGCCGAAGGUGAACACCCUGAUCUCCAAGCCGAAGGCAGCGGCCAGCCUUCGUCGGAAGCUGAGCGGACCCGAGGAUGUUCCUGUGCCCGACGACGACUCGGGAGAUCUGGACGAACCGGCGGCUGCGAAGCCGGCCAAGACCAAGCUGAAAGCGGCAGAACCGCCGACACGGCUUACCCGUGGCCAGCGGAAGCGACAACAACGCAAGGAGAACUUCCUCCGGAAGUUCGAGCUUGCCAACCUCAUCGGAAAGCAAGAGGAGGCCUUCCGGACGGGCAGUUUGGCAAACCUGGCAGAUCUCACGGCGCAUCUCGAGGAGGACAAAGCGCCGGCGACGGCAAAAGGGCCGAAGCGGCUAGGAAGAAAGGCCCAGGCCGCCCAAGAUGAGAGGGAGAUGGCCCAGUUUCAAGGGGUCCUGGGCUUUAAGGCAUUCCAGGCAGAUCCCUUUGGCGCUCUGGAGCAGCAUCUGAAGAACAGCAUCAGGCUCCAGAAAGAGAAGGAGAAGACGGCCGCGGGCAAGCAGAAGGCAAAGCUGUCUCAGCUGAAAGAAGCCUUCAGAUCCAAGAAAAGGCUCGGAACGGUGAAGAACAAGUUUGCCAAGUCGAGGAAGCCGAAGAAGUGA